AUGCAGCGCGUCUCCUCCUUUCUGCCCUCGUGGGAUAAGAGGACGUCGUCUGGCGGCGCAAAGAACAACAGCGGCCUCUUUGGCUGGGGUGCUAGGUCCGUCUCGGGCCCUGCGACGCCACCCAAACUCUCGCCCACCAUCAACACGGCCAAGGCAAACAACGCCCGCAUCAAGCGAGAGGCUUUCUGGCCCGCCACUCUCGAUCAGGAAUGCGACAAGGCUGCUCGAAUAUUGAAGUCCUUCUGCGUCGACGGCUACCUGCACCCUGUCGAUACUGAUGUCCGCGAGCCACCCUCCGAUCCCUCGCAGCCUCCUCCUUCUCCCGCUCAAACCAUUCAAAAAAUACCUAAACGAGUGAUCCAAAAUGCCGCCGGUAUUGCCGUCUUCACUUGCAUGCGGAGUGGCCUGUGGAUGACCGGAUCUGGCGGGUCCGGCAUCCUCAUUGCGCGCAAGUCAGACGGCACCUGGUCUCCGCCCUCUGGAAUCAUGCUUCACACUCCCACUCUCAGCUUCAUCAUUGGCGUCGACAUCUACGACUGUGUACUUGUUGUCAGCAACUUGGCUGCCCUCGAAACUAUAACCAGGUCUCGUGUUACCCUCGGCGAAGAUGUCAGCCUCAUCAACGGCCCGUCUGUACCUCUUGACUCCCAGGAGAAGCGCAUCAGCUGGAAAGAUCUCGACAACACUGUUUUGGCGUACAUGAAAGCUCGCGGUCAGCAUCAGUCCGUCAACUUGAACGGCUGCAUUCUCACCGAGAGAGCAAACGAAAAUGUGCGAUUUUACAACUCUGAAGUCACCCAGAUGGACGUUCUCGCCGGCAAUGUCUCGCGCCACGUCGAAGAGACGAAACCACUAUUUGAAGUCAUUAAAAUGGCCGAGGGCAGAACCGACUUUGACGCCGCCAUCAUCCAUGAAACUACCGUGCAACCUGCACCGGGCGACGCUGUGAUAGAAACACCAACGUCCACCAACCCGGCCUCUCCUCGAUUUGGCGUCCCUAAAUCGGACGAUCCCGAUCCAUUCGGCAUCCUGGCCCUCGAAAUGGCUGGUCUCGAGAUUCGUGAAGCGGGUAGCCGCCUGCGCCCGGCAAGUAGCCAGGUCGACUUUGGCAACAGCCCAAUGAGCCCCGUCGUCUCAAAGUUCAGCCGCCAAAGCAUUGAAUCCAUGGCUCGCAGCAACCGUGGCUCCUACAUGUCUAAUCGCACCACCAAGAGCCAACUCACCGACCCCGCCACUCAAAUCGAUACACGAUCCGUCAGCCCUAGCCCUCGCGACAGCGACGAAGGAAGCGAACGGCCCUUCAUUGACAGGGAAGCUGUCGACUAUACAACUGUUGACAUGUCCUCGCUUAGACACAUUAGUGAGGAGCAUGCCAAGACGCCCGUCAUUGCUGAGGAGCCUGAGGAGAUGUCCACUACCGAGGAAGAUGCCAAGUCUGCCGGAUUUUCCAACUCAAGAGCCUCUUCGCCCCAAGCUGACCAGGACGAUUUCGAUGACGAUGACAACGACGAUGAUGACGAGGAGCCCGUGAUCUUUGAAGUUGCCGCCGUUCAGCCUGCCCGAACUCAGGCUGUUGCCUCGCGCAUGAUUCAGGCCAGAGGCAACGUCGUGACCAUAGCCAAGCGUGUACCUCCUCCUCUGCCGCGCAGAAGCCCGGCCCGCGUCUCGCAACAUAUGAAGAGCGAAGGCGCUGGCGACAAUCUGAGUGUCAAAAGCCCUCUUCGCCAGGCAUUCAGCGAAGCUGACCUGCGUGAAGAAGCUGCCACUGGCUCUAUCGAUGGUGUUACGGACGACGUCAAGUCCACCGGCGAUAUUAACGAAUCCAGACUGAGUCGCGUUUCCGACAUAGGCCAAAUUCUGGACAGCAACCUUGUCUCGACCAUCUCUGUCAAGCCCGAGGCUCAAAAGGUCUUGCCUUCCUCUGACACCCCUGCUGAUAAGGUUGCUGUCGAUGACACGAAGCUCAAUGCUGUCUCGCCCGAAAUCGAAGAGGUACCAGUUUGUGACAACUCUGACAAUGCUUUUGUCGACGCCGUCGCCGCUGCACCCCUUGACACGAGCAAGCGCAUCUCUCUAGCCAAGUCUGACCUUGUUCAGGAGGAGACCUCUGCCGGCUCUGCACCCAUAGUCCAAGGCCCUCAGGUGGUCGCUUCUCACAAGGAAAGGACCCAUACUGUCAACCAGACGCAUCCAACUGUCAGCACGACAGAUGACAGUGACGCAGCCAUGGACGGUGAUGAUGAACAAAUCUCUGAUUGUUCCGACUCCGAGCUUAUGGAUGCCGAAUUCUCCAUCAUGGAGCCUACUACUAUUCGGACCAUGCGCCUCUCUCAAAUCUCAGCCAACAGCAACUCAAAGCCUCAGAAGCUCGAAUUGCGCAACUCGCGCGAGAUAACCACUACUGAGAAAAGUGCUUUUCCUUCACGCGAGUCAUACGCCGAUGACGAUUUCAGCGCCGCCAUGAUGGCCUUUGAUAACUUGGCUCAAAUUGACGACAGCGAUAGCCACCCCAGUACCCCUCAACACGAGCACACGGAUGCUUCCGAAUCUGCCUCUUUCAAGAAGAAGCACAGCUCCUCUAUCUACACGGGCGCUACCGAUGACCGCUGGAGCUACGACGGUUCUUCGCCAACCACACCUACUUCUGAUCGUCCCAGCUCCAUGUCUGGCGACGUGACUGAUGAAGGCACCCCCAAGAAGAGCAAGAGAAAGACCAAGGAGCUGGAGUCUGUCGACCAUAUUGAGCCACUGGAACCCGUCGACAGCCACAACGGGAACACCACGCCCACUGCCGUUACUGCUGCAUAA